AUGUCCUCCACCACCUCCAGCCGGCCCUCCACCCCCAGCCAACCCCCCAAACUCUCCGACUACCCCAACCUCACCCACGCCCCUCACACCACGCACCCAACGCGCGUCGAACCCCUCACCAUCAAAGUCUCCGACGGCCCGGACGGCGCCGUCCCAGCCUUCCUACACCUCCCCAUCCCCUCCCCCACCACCUCAUCCUCAAAAACAGCAGCCAUCCUCCUCUCCGGCGCCGGCGGCGGCGUCACCGGCCCCUCAUCCAUAUACCUCUCGCUGGCGGAGAAACUCGCCUCCUUGCACAUCCCCAUCCCGACCCUCCGCCUCGACUACCGCUACCCCGCGCGAACAAAGUACUGCGUGCGCGACGUGCUCGCCGCCCUCAACUUCCUGCAAUCCACGCAUGGGCUUGACCGGUUCGUCCUCGUCGGGUGGUCGUUUGGCGGCGCGCCGGUUUUCACGGCCGCGGCCCAGGAUGCAAGAGUCGUCGGGUGUGCGACUGUCGCGAGCCAGACGGCUGAGACGGAGGGGAUACGGAGGGUGUCGCCUAGGCCGGUGCUGCUGAUGCAUGGGACGGGGGAUCGCACGUUGAGUCCUGCGUGCUCGGAGCGGUUGUAUGCCAUGUAUGGGGGUGGAGGGAAAGGGGAGCGCGUGUUGAAGCUUUUCGAGGGGGACGAUCACGCGUUGACGAGGAAUGCGGGCGAGGCGGAGAAGAUGCUGGGGGAGUUUGUGAUGCGGUGUGCUGGGGUGAGGGAGGAGAGGGCGGAUGAGGAGGUGUUGGGGGAGAGGUUGGUCGAGGAUGGGGAGAGGGUCGAGUUGAUGAGGAGGGGUGGGGAUUUGAGGAGGGGGGAGAGCGUGGAGUAGGUGUCGAGAAUUCGAUAUGUACUUGUAUAUUGAUAAGACACUUGUGAAGCUGGCUGCUCUUUUACUGG